AUGGAUUUAAAUACAUUGGUCAGUAGAUUACAUGAGAUCAACGCUGUCAAAUUAGGUCAAUUCAAAUUGAAGAGUGGUAUUAUGUCACCGAUCUACAUUGAUCUUAGAGUCACUGUUAGCUCACCGGUGUUGCUAUCUCAAAUCGCCGAGAUGAUGUACCAAAAGGUCAGUCAAGACUCUUCGAUGCCACCCAUCGUCUGUGGUGUUCCCUACACCGCGCUACCAAUUGCCACCGCGAUGUCGAUCGCCCACGACACUCCGAUGGUAAUGCGUCGUAAGGAAGCAAAGAACUACGGUACCGCUCAACUGAUCGAGGGUCGUUACAAAGCCGGUGACAACGUGUUGGUCGUCGAGGAUCUCGUCACCUCGGGUGCAUCCGUGCUCGAGACCGUGCGUGACUUGAACGCCAGCGGACUCGUCGUCACCGACGUCGUUGUGUUGCUCGAUCGUCAACAGGGAGCACGUCAAGAGCUAGCCAAACACGGCUUGAAGUUGCACUCUGUCAUCACCAUGGAGGAGUUGAUCGACACCCUCACCAAACAAGGCAAACUCGACGAGCCAACCUUGGCAUUGGUCAACUCUUUCCUCGAAGCCAACCGUGCUGUCACCGUGCCAGCCGCAUCGCAAAUGCCAGCUGCUGCACCAGCACCAAAGCCAGCAAAGAAAUACCUCACCUAUGAGGAACGUGCAAAACUCGCUACCAACCCAACCGCUUCCAAACUUUUCAAUAUCAUGGCCACAAAGAAGACCAAUUUGGCAGUAGCAGUAGAUCUCACCCGUAAACAAGAAGUAUUGAACUUGGCCGAUUCCAUUGGUUCUGAAAUCUGUGUACUAAAGACACAUGUCGACAUCAUCGACGACUAUGACCAAGAUUUUGUUCACCAACUCGAACAAAUUGCAUCAAAGCAUAACUUUUUAAUUUUUGAGGAUAGAAAGUUUGCAGAUAUCGGUAACACUGUUAAAUAUCAAUUCGAAAGUGGAGUAUACCAUAUCUCCAAGUGGGCACAUAUGGUGACCAUUCAUGGUGUAGCCGGUCCUGCUAUUAUCGAUGGUUUCAGAGAUUCAAUCAAACAAACCGGUGCCGGUUUACUUUUACUCGCUCAAAUGUCAUCAAAGGGAUCUUUGUGUGUCGGUGAAUAUACAAAUCAAAUGAUUGAAAUGGGUAAACAGAAUUCCGAUGCUGUAAUGGGAUUCAUUUGUCAAGAGAGAUUGGAAUCGAUGAGCGACAACUUUGUUUUGAUGACACCAGGUAUCCAAUUCAACUCCAAAGGUGACAGCAUGGGACAACAAUACAACACUCCAGACUAUGUUGUCAAGGAGAAGGGUACCGAUGUAAUCAUUGUCGGUAGAGGUAUCUAUCAAAACAGUGAACCAAAAUCAGAGGCAAUCAAAUAUAAACAAGCUGCAUGGGCUGCCUAUGAAUCAAGAUUAAAUUAA